AUGAACGAUUUGGAAUUAGAUUUGGAUGGCAGACCCGCUCUCUUCAAGUAUGCGGACGACUCCAAUACGAUUGUUCCAAUGUGGAAAAAUAAAGAAUGUGGAACUGAUUUGGUGGGACAAUUUUUAAUCUGGUCUCAGGAUAACGAUAUGAAGUGCAAUCCAGAAAAAUGCAAAGAACUGAUUUUCCGAAAGAAAGGAUUUAAUCAAAUCGUUUCACCUGUUUAUAAUAUUCCGCAAUGCACAGAUCUUUCCGUACUAGGAAUGACAUUUCAAGAAAAUUGUAAAUAUAGUGUACAUAUAAAAGCUAAAUUGUUCAAAGCAAAUAGAUGCUUGUAUGUAAUAAGAUCUUCGCGAAAAGAAGGUGCCAGUCAGGAAGAAGUAAACAAGCUUUUCAAUAGUUUGGUUUUACCUGUUCUUAACUAUGGUCUUUCAGUUUAUGGUGCGUCAGAUUCUGACCUGUCUGUAGUGCAAGCUUUUUUAGAUAGAUGUUUUAAAAGACACUAUGUCUCCUAUUAUAUUAGCAUACGCGAACUUUUAGAAAUUAAUGAUAAAAAACUUUAUAACAAAUGUAUUGCAGAUAUUGAACAUCCUUUAAAUAAGAUUUUACCUCAGAAGAAGACAACUAAUUACCGCCUUAGAAAGCAGAAUAGAAUUUAUCCUAAGAUUAACACAAAUAGAUUUAAAAACACCUUUGUAAAUAGACUUAUUUUUAAAUAUAACUUAUAG